AAGCUGGAUCAGUGUGUAGGGAGGGCAGUCAUCACGCCAUCCUGAGCAGCAAGAGCUGACGCUGGACGAAGCUGCCAGGUAGCUGAAAAAAGGCACAGAAGGCAGCUGAUACCCACUUUUCAACGUGUUGGGUGGUUGGUUUUUUUUUUUUUUCAGUCUGAAUCUGGACUUCAAGCAACACAGCGCCUGAGACAGCUCAUCUGAACCACACUGUAUUGCAAUACUCGCUCUUCCCAAAGAAAAAGACUCCACUGAGUAGCAGAAUGCUGCCAGUGUCGCAGCUAGGGCUACAAUACAGAGCCUUUUUGUAACAUUUAAAAAUCUCUUUCUGUUCAUAUAUUUAGAGAUACAUACCUACACUCACAUAUCAAUUCUUCCUUUUUUGAGGGCACCUUUGGCUUUUGUUACCCUGAUGUGACUUCUUCUUCGUCUUGGAAUGAUGGGGAUCUUUCUAGCUUAUGUUGGAUUCAUUUUCUUUUCAGUUAUGUAUAUUCAACAAGGACUUUCCACCCAAGCAAAAUUCACUGAGUUUCCCCGAAAUGUCACGGCCACUGAAGGGCAGAACGUGGAGAUGUCUUGUGCUUUCCAAAGUGGCUCCGCUUCGGUGUACCUUGAAAUCCAGUGGUGGUUUCUGCGGGCGGCUGAGGACCAAGAGGCUGGAGCCGAGGUGACAGGCACUCAGGUGGAGCUCCUGCCCGAGCGGGACCUGGAUAACGACGGCACGAAGAUCAGCACAGUGAAAGUACAAGGGAAUGACAUCUCCCACAAGCUGCAGAUUUCAAAAGUGAGGAAAAAGGAUGAAGGCUUGUAUGAGUGCAGGGUGACCGAUGCCAACUAUGGAGACCUUCAGGAAUACAAGGCCCAGGCAUUUCUCAAAGUCAACGCUAACAGCCACUCUCGGCGAAUGCAAGCCUUUGAGGCAUCUCCAAUGUGGUUGCAAGACAUGAAACCUCGCAAAAACAUCUCAGCAGCUGUUCCAAGUAGCAUCCAUAACUCUGCCAAUCAGCGUGUGCGUGCCACCUCCAGCCCUGAAGCAGCAGCCAAAAUCCCCAAACAAAGUCCACAAUCAGCAAAGAGCAAAUCGCCUGUAAAAUCCACGGAGCGGACAGCAAAGUUGACCCUAACCUCCAACCACCACUCUGCACCCAAUGUACUCUAAAUCUCUACACAAGGAGCACCUUCUUCAGGAAGUACAAACAAAAAUACUAAAUAAAUAAAAUAAAUAAAUAUUAUAAAAAGAAGAGGAUACCACAUGUUUUCUUGAUAUAUCUUAUUUUCUUUGGCGUAUCACUGAUCUUUUAUUUGAAGAGAACUGGUGUGAUGUAAUCAAACGUUUUGUAACAGCAAGACCUAGUUUCCUUUUCUUUCGGCAAGGAGAAGCCUCAUCCUUGACUUCUCAGGGGUUGGCCUGCGAGUCAUCAGUAUUACAGAAUUAAUCAUGGAUGACAUUUGGUUUCCUACGCUGAAAGAACCGUUCCAGCCUGGAAGCAAACAGAGGCCAAAUAAUGAAACAAAAUAUAGUGAUUCCACAUUGACCCCAAUAAAACACGCCACAAACUUUAUUAAAAAGUUUGUGGGUUUUUGGUUUUGGGGUUUUUUUUUGCAUGAGGAAUAGGGAGGAGAAAAGAAAUUCUACAAAGCAACUAAGGACAUUAUUUCUGGAAAACAAAUGAGGAUACUUUUCUUUUGAGUUGUUUGGGGUUUUUUUAUUAUUCCCCUGUGGGGGGGGUUCCUGUCUUUUUUUGUUUGUUUCUUGUUCAAUGGUGGCAAUUACUGACUUAGGCCAACCCCUGAUGAUUGCGUGGAGGUUUAUAUAUAUAUAUAUACAUCUUUUUUUUGUGUGCGUUCUAUAUUUCAGUGUUUUCUCUAAUUUUGCAACUCCUGUAUAUGCAAAACCAAUUUAAAUUCUGUAAAUUGCUUACAGUCUGUGUGAUAUAACUUCAGAGUAGACAUACUUUGGUCCUCAUGCAAGCCAGUUUUUAAUAUUAUCUAUAUGUCGUGCCAUCAAUAGAAAUCUUUAUUUCCUUUUUUGAGAAAACAUCACUUUUUAGUUUGUAAUUCAGUACUGUGUGGAUUUUGUAAUACAUACCUUCACUUCCACUGGUUUGACCCCUUUCAGCCCUCUGUUUACUCUGUAAAUGCACAUUAAAAUUUGUUAUGGUCUCUAGACAAUGAAUUAUUUUAGUUUUGUGUAUGUUGUGUUGGAGUUCAGAUGCUGAAAGCUCUUUUAAUUUGUGAUGUUUAUAGAGGAUGAAGUGAUUUGAAUACUAGAGACUGUAAAAUGCAGGUUUGCAGUCAAGUACUGCAUGUAAAGGAAGGUUAGAAGGGGAAAACAGACAAAUAAAACAGAACAUGGCUUAAAGGAUAUUCUUCUGGAAAAGAGUUUUAGGAAAGUGAAUUUAUUACACUGAUAAACUAUAUUUGCAUCACAGCUCCUUUUACAUGGCCAAAGAUGCGUCUUUCUUUGCUUUUUCUGGAAGUGGACUGUCAUUACUCAUUGAUAUUCUUAAUUAAAAUACUUUAUGUCUGUGAACUGAA